AGUCGAUUUCCACGUUUGCUACGAGCUGGCACUUUCAAUUUGGCCACACACGCAUCUCGGUGACCUCACCGCUACAGUGCACUGGUGGCGGCGGCGGGCAGGGGAGGGAAGAUGGCACCGCCGCGGCGCGUGUGCGUCACCGGCGGCGGCGGGUUCAUCGCCUCGUGGCUCGUCAAGCUGCUCCUCUCCCGCGGCUACGCCGUCAACGCCACCGUCCGCGACCCAAGUGACCCCAAGAAUGUCCACCUCAAGCAGAUGGACGAGGCCCGGGAGAAUCUGCACUUGUUCAGGGCCGACGUGCUCGACUACGACACGCUGACACGUGCGUUUGAGGGGUGUGAGGGGGUCUUCCACCUCGCCACUCCGGUGCCUGAAGAUAAGAUUGUUGAUCCUGAGUCAGAAGUAUUGGCUCCUGCUGUGAAAGGUACUUCAAAUGUGCUAAAGGCUUGCUCGGCUAUGAAGGUUCAGAAGGUUAUUGUCUUGUCAUCCACUGCUGCAGUUGAUUUCAACCCGAAUUGGCCUCAAGAUAAACUUAAAGAUGAGAGUUGCUGGUCAGACAAAGACUUCUGCCAGAAGAACGAGGACUGGUAUUCUGUUGCUAAGAUUGUGGCCGAACAGGCAUCCUUUGAAUAUUCGGAGAAGAAUGGAUUAAAUGUUGUUACGGUUUGCCCUCCUUUGGUUUUUGGUCCAUUGUUGCAGCCUACUGUGAAUACAAGUAGCAAAUUCUUAAUCUACGUUACUAACGGAGGCCCUGACGUGAUGAGCAACAAGCUGUGGCACAUUGUAGACGUCCGCGAUGUGGCUGACGCCUUGCUGCUUGUGUACGAGAAGGCAGAAUCGUAUGGGAGAUACAUCUGCACGCCGAACAACAUCUGCACAACGGACUUGGUGGACUUGCUGAAGAAGAUGCACCCACAGUACAGCUAUGUGAACAACAUCGUCGACGUGGACCGUAAGGCGCCGAUAUCGUCGCAGAAGCUGAAGGAUCUGGGGUGGAAGCCGCGGAAGCUGGAGGAGACGCUCUCGGACAGCGUGGACUGUUAUGAGAAGGCUGGACUUCUGCAGGGUUCCGCUGCGCGUCCUUGCCGGCUUCCGCAUCUGUUCCGUCUGGCUGGUGAUCAGUGAAUCAGAAGUGCUGACGGUGCUUCGUUUUUUAUGGUCGGACUUCUGGAUGGAGUCUCGCAACGGCAACAAAUAAGCAGCUAUCGCUCUGCAGCUCUGUAUCUGCCGUAUCCCUGCUGUACCUGCCGGCACCCCGUCUGUCACCUCUAAGAAUGGACAGAGGGUACAACAUGCAGAGCACAAGCGGAAUGCCGAUGCAUAUAAACUGUCAAAAGAGACAAGGUACUCUGCCACUUACUGGCUGUCACGGUUAGUGGAGGGAGAUUUCCUUCCGUUUUCCUAAUCGCUAGCCUUUUGCUGCGAUGAGCUAAAAGGCUGUAUUAGUACCAUCAGGCAGCGCUACAGCUAGAUUAGAAGAAUCGCAAUGAAAUACGCUCCCUGUUAAAAACGUUUUUUAAGCUGAACGUUCUUAUAUUA